ACGUUUCUUAGACAUGGAAGUUCAACGUAAGGUUAUGGUUUUGCAACAACGUGUUAAAGAGUUGGAGAAUGAGAAUAGUGUUUUGCGCCAAAGACUAUCUGAUGCUCUUAGUGGAAAGAUUGAUGUUGAACAAUACAUGCGUCAAAAUGGUAUCAGUGAUAUGAUGCAAGUAAAUGUUAACAAUGGUAAUUCUUCUACUCUCAUCAACCUGACUAAUGGCAAUAGUUCUCCUCAACCUAGUACGGCACCACCAGUACCUCCAAGAAGUGUUAAUAACAAUGGUGACCAUAUUAGUUCAACCCCUAAUGAGACAAAACCAUCUCCUAGUGUUGGUACAACGACUUGAAGGCCUUUUGUUAAAUGAAAUGGAAAACAAUUUUGAACCAAGGACAAACAAUAAUAGCGCUACCUCUCCUACAUCGCCUCCAUUAUUGGCUCCUCCUCCAAAACCUGCUAGAGAUACAGGACGUCGUUCUCAAAAUUCUGAUGACAUUUUUGGCCUAAGUCCAUUUAAAGCAACACCAAGACCAGCUGGUCAACCUAGAACGUCAGCUAGUGAUCCAUUCGGUAUGGACGAUUUUGGGCAAAGUGUACAAAAUGGAAUUGAAAAUGACAUUGGUUUGUUGGACAAAAGAAUUAAAGAAAUGAAGGAUGGUUUUAGUCGAGGUUUAUCAAUGAGCACUGAAGACUUUUCAUUAGAAAGUCUUGAUCCAUUAAAAAAAUAAAAGUUUUGUGGAACAAAAAAUAAAAAACAAAAAAAAACUAUGAAUCGAUAAGUAACUUUCAUUAUCCUUUGAAUCUCGUAGAGAAAACAAACACACAUGUGAUAAAAUCAUGUUAUCUUAUACAUCAUCAAAGAAAUUACAAAGUAUUAUUAUUUAUUAUGUUUUAGUUAUUAUUGUUUGUUAUAUACAUAUCUAUCUAAAUAAUGUCACUAAUUUUUUUAUUAUUAUUGUUUAGUAUCAAAAUAAUUGUUAUACAAUUUUAAUUAAAGCAUUUAAAUUUAUUUAGGAAAAUAUUGUUAUAAUUUUUUAUUAUUUUUAUCAUCAUUACUAUUUUUUUAAUGGAUCUGUUGACUUGUUAACAAAAUAAUAAAUAUGUUUAUAUAGUGUUAAUA